AUGCUGGGGCCACUGCUGCUGCUCGUCUCCUGCGGGGGGGCCGCGCUCAGCGCCACCGACCCCCGAGCCCCUCUGAGCUCAGGGCUCACCCUGCUCCCCCAUAACAACCACCCAAUGAGGUCCACGCAGGAGCCCACCUUCCGGCUGCCCCCAAACCCAUGCCUGGACGACUCCCGUUUUGCACAGCCUGACCCCCAGAGGCCGACGGACUCCCCACACACAGCUCCAGGCAGGGGCUGGUGCUCCACGUGGGGGGCCGGCCACUUCUCCACCUUCGACGGCCACGUGUACGACUUCGAGGGAACCUGCAACUACGUCUUCACGGCCACCUGCAAGGACGCCUCCCCCACCUUCAGCGUCCAGCUGCGGCGAGGGCCCAGGGGCAGCAUCUCCAGGGUCAUUGUGGAGCUGGGGGCCUCUGUGAUCACCGCACAGAAGGGGGUCAUCUCCAUCAAAGACGUGGGGGCGGUGAGCCUGCCCUACACCAGCAGCGGGCUGCAGAUCACACCCUUUGGCCAGAGCGUGCGGCUGGUGGCCAGACAGCUGGAGCUGGAGCUGGUGGUCAUGUGGGGACCGGGGACCCACCUCAUGGUCCUGGUGGAGGAGAAGCACAUGGGCAGGGUGUGCGGACUCUGCGGGAACUUCGACGGCAAGAAGACCAACGAAUUUCUGAGCGAGGAUGGCAAACUCCUGGAACCCCACAAGUACGCCGCCCUCCAGAAGUUGGAUGACCCCAAUGAGAUCUGCGCCUAUGAAGCCAUCCCCAGCCCCCAGGUCCUGCAGGCAGAGCAUGCCCAGACCUGCGCCCGGCUGCUGACCCUGGUGUCCUCCAAGUGCACGGUGCCCAAGGAGCAUUUCCUGCGGAGCUGCCAGGCGGACAUGGCUGCGUGUGCCCAGCCGGGCCAGCAGAACUGCAGCUGUGCCACGCUGUCUGAGUACUCGCGCCAGUGCAGCAUGGCCGGCCAGCCCGUCAGCCACUGGCGCGGCCCCAGCCUCUGCUCCCUGGGCCAGUGCCCAGCCAACCAGGUGUACCAGGAGUGUGGCGAGGCCUGCGUCAAGACCUGCUCGAACCCACAGCACAGCUGCUCCAGCUUUUGCACCUUCGGCUGCUUCUGCCCAGAAGGUAUGGUUCUUGACGACAUCUCCAAAAACCUCACCUGCGUGCCUGUCGCCCAGUGCCCCUGCACACUUGGCGGGGUGGCCUACGCUCCCGGGGAGGUCACAGCAGACGCCUGCCGCACCUGUCGGUGCACCAUGGGACACUGGGAGUGUGAGGAGCGUCCCUGCCCCCGGCGCUGUGCCCUGGAAGGCGGCUCCUUUGUCACCACGUUCGAUGCCAGGCCCUACCGCUUCCAUGGCACCUGCACCUACGUCCUCCUCCAGAGCCCCCAGCUCCCUGACGGGGGCUCCGUCAUGGCCGUAUACGACAAGUCUGGGUACUCGCACUCGGAGACCUCCCUGGUCGCAGUCAUCUACAUGUCCAGCCAGGACAAAAUCGUGAUCUCUCAGGACGAGGUGAUCACCAACAACGGAGACGUCAAGUGGCUGCCAUACAAGACCGGCAACAUCACGGUCUUCAGGCAGACGUCCACCCACCUCCAGAUGGCCACCAGCUUUGGGCUGGAGCUCGUGAUCCAGCUCCAGCCUGUGUUCCAGGUGUACGUCACCGUCGGGCCCCAGUUCAGAGGCCAGACCAGAGGGCUCUGCGGAAACUUCAAUGGGGACACGACUGAUGACUUCACAACCAGUAUGGGCAUCGCCGAGGGCACUGCCUCGCUCUUUGUGGACUCCUGGCGGGCGGGGAACUGUCCGACCGCACUGGAGCGUGAGACCGACCCCUGCUCCAUGAGCCAGCUCAACAAGGUGUGCGCGGAGACCCACUGCUCGGUGCUGGUGAAGAAAGGCACGGUGUUCGAGAAGUGCCACGCCGUGGUGAACCCCAAGCCCUUCUACAAGAGGUGCGUGUACCAGGCCUGCAACUACGAGGAGACCUUCCCGUACAUCUGCGCUGCCCUAGGGGACUACGCCCACACGUGCGCCUCGCGGGGCAUCCUGCUCUGGGGCUGGAGGAGCAGUGUGGACAACUGCACCAUUCCCUGCACGGGCAACCGGACGUUUAGCUACGACAGCCGGGCCUGCGACCACACGUGCUUCUCACUGUCCGACCGCACAGCCGAGUGCCACCCCAGCGCCGUCCCCGUGGACGGCUGCAACUGCCCUGAGGGCACCUACCUGAACCACAAGAGCGAGUGUGUGCGCAAGACCCAGUGCCCCUGCCUCCUGGACAACCACAAGUUCAUCCUGGCAGACCAGUCCGCCGUGGUCAAUGGCGUCAUCUGCUACUGCGUCAACGGGCGGCUGAGCUGCCGGGGGCAGCCGCAGAUGCUUCUGGCAUCCUGCUCAGCCCCCAAGACUUUCCAGUCCUGCAGCCAGUCCUCAGAGAACAAGUUUGGGGCGGCCUGUGCCCCCACGUGCCAGAUGCUGGCCACCGGCACUGCCUGCGUGCCCACCAAGUGCGAGCCUGGCUGCGUCUGUGCCGAGGGGCUCUACGAGAACGCCAGCGGGCAGUGCGUGCCCCCCGAGGAGUGCCCAUGCGAGUUUGCAGGGGUCUCCUACCCCCGGGGCGCCGAGCUCCACACCAGCUGUGAGACCUGCACCUGCUCGAGGGGGAAGUGGACGUGCCAGCAGAGCGCCCACUGCACAUCCACCUGCACCCUCUAUGGGGAGGGCCACGUGGUCACCUUCGACGGGCAGCGGUUUGUGUUUGACGGCAAUUGCGAAUACAUUCUGGUCACGGAUGGCUGCGGUGCCAACAACUCACAACCCACCUUCAAGAUCCUGACGGAGAACGUUGUGUGCGGGAAGUCGGGCGUCACCUGCUCGCGGGCCAUCAGGAUCUCCCUGGGGGACCUGUCCAUCACGCUGGCAGACAGGAACUACACGGUCAGCGGGGCGAACCCCGACGUGCGCUUCCGGGUGAAGGCCGGCUCCUUGCACCUGGUGCUGGACGUCACUGUCGGCAGCGCCUACAACCUGACCCUCAUCUGGAACAAGCACAUGACCGUCUUCAUCAAGAUGGCUCGUGCCUCCCAGGACGCCCUGUGCGGCUUGUGCGGCAACUACAACGGCAACAUGAAGGAUGACUUUGAGACACGCAGCAAGUACGUGGCGUCCGGCGAGCUGGAGUUUGUGAACUCGUGGAAGGAGAGCCCGCUGUGCGGGGACGCCGGCUUCGCGCUGGACCCCUGCAGCCGCAACACCUUCCGCCGGGCCUGGGCCGAGCGCAAGUGCGGCAUCAUCAACAGCCAGACCUUCGCCGCCUGCCACAGCCAGGUGGGUUCCUACCCCAGCCAGGUGGGUUUCCGCCCCAGCCAGGUGGGUUCCCGCCACAGCCAGGUGGGUUGCACCCCCACGGGGGUCUGUUCUUCCCCCACGCGAAUGGCCUCUCACACUAGGCAGGUGGAUUCUUGCCGCAGCAAGGAGAGUUCCCUCACCAGCGAGUUGGGCAUUUCCUACAGCCAGGUGUGUGCCCGCCACAGCUGUGUGAGCGCCCCCCCCAUCUACUGCGGCUUCUACAACACCCACACGCGGGUGGGUGACGGCCAGUUCCAGUACACCCAGGAGGCCAACUGCACGUGGCACUACCAGCCGUGCCUCUGCCCCCAGCAGCUGCAGAGCCUCCCAGACACCAACAUCGAAGGCUGCUACAACUGCACCCAGGAUGAGUACUUUGACCAGGACAAGGGGACAUGCGUGCCAUGCCGUAAGCUCAGUCCUCGGUCCCCACCCCCACCCGUAACGGCCCAUCUGCCCACAGGCUCGCCUCCCACAAAGACCACGCCCACCACGGCUACCCUCAGGACCACGGGGCUCAGCUCCACCGCGCCCUCGCCAGGCUCCCUACCCACACCUGCAACCCCCACCAUCGGCUUUACAGUCACCCAGAACCACCUCCGCGGUCACCACGCGGGCCACAUCAGCACCGGCCCCCACAGCCACUCCCAGGUCAACGGCCGUAGGACCCACAGUGACACAGGCUACGACACAGCCCACAGCACCCGCCCAAGGCACAGCCACGCAAUCCACAGCUCGGUCCACAGAGCACACCACGGCGUCACGGUCAACUGCAGCCACGUCAGAAACUUCCACAGGGCCCCCCAAAAGACGUCCGCCAGCACACCCGCCCCCUCCACGCUCUCCUCCCAGUCCACUACCUCACAGUUGACCCCUCUCACCACCCGAGUUCCUGUGCCCAGCCUUAUGUCAUCCACUGUGAGUGUGACAGCCAUUCCGAGUUUUCCGGUCACCAACCUCACCACCAGGCACCCCAGCACCACCGGAUUGCUGAGCACUGUUGUCCUGACCAGCCUCAUCACUGGGCAUGGAAGCGCCUCGUCCCCCACUGGGGGCAAUGCCGUCUCGUCUCUCAUCACAUCUCUCCCCAUCUCCCUCAGUUCUGGGCCCAGCAGAACACAGACACCUGUGCCCACAGAGGCCUGCAGUGUGAAGGAGCUUGAAGAGGAGGUGACGUACCAGGGGUGCACGGCCAACGUGACAGUGACCCGCUGCGAGGGUGUCUGCGCCUCCUCGGUCAGCUUCAACACGGACACCAACCAAGUGAACGCCCAGUGCAGCUGCUGCCACCCCCUCGGCUCCUACAAGAAGCAGCUGGAGCUGCCCUGCCCAGACCCGGGGGCGCCAGGCGGCCAGCUGGUGCUCACGCUGCAAGUGUUCACUGGCUGUGCGUGCAGCCCCUGGCGCUGUGGGGACUAGGGUGCAGCCCCAGAAAGGGACAAGGCGGCACGGCCCCGGGCAGCUCACCCAGGCAGGGUGACCCUGACCCAGCCCGACAGACUGCUGUGAACUGCUGGCCUUCCAGUCUUCGAGGGCAGCUGCCCGGCCCCGCCGGAAUGGGACCCUGGGGACAGCCU